CUCCAUUGAAGCAGUUCGCCGUUGAUCGGCUCAAUCGAAUCUGAAGUCAAGAGUGGACAAACAACGUAUUUCUCAGAUCGAGGGUUGUCUCGAGACUGUAUUUACUUUGGUGCUUAGGUUUUGGAGGCAUCAGUAGCUCCAUGCAGGGAAGACACAGCCAAUAUUCCACUUUUGCCAUGCUGCUCUGACUGAGUUUCUUAAGGCCAACUACCGGAACAAGUGCUUCGAUGUUUCGAUGCUGAUACCUCAGGGAUUGAAGCGCAGAAGUAUCUGCGUGAACCUAUGCAAGGAUUUCGAAUUUUGAAAUCCGUGAUGGUUCUUUUGUUUCUCCUGUCCGGCCCAAUUCUGGGGUUUUUCUCCUUCUCCAGCCGUCCAGACCUCGAGUGAUGUUACCAAGGCUGUCUUGGAACCAAUUCCUGUGCGAUAUUUCUACAUGAUUUGCUUUUGUACAACUUGAAAGAUCUUGCGAAGAACUGAGUCUUUCAGCCAAAUGGCUAAGUUCCGAAGGCACAGUAGCACCUGACAAAGCUUUAUUCAGAUGAAGGGCGCUUUGUGCCGAAUAUAAAAAGGGGCUCUUUCCCCCGUUUCUGCAUGGGGAAUGGCGGCGCAUAAUCACCUCUGCUUUCUGACCAUGUUACUGAGCUUCCUUUUAGUCGCGGGGUUAAUCCAACUCGCCACAGCGUCACGCACGUAUCCAAAAGUAUGGUCCCAAGCAAACGAUCGUCGCCUCGAGCACGCGCAGGAAGAUUUCUGCCUCGCUGAGCCUGUGCCUAUCACCAACUCUCCAAAAACCAAUGUCUGGGCAGGAAUUAGCGCCGAGGAAAAUUUAGCUGUCUGGGAGCUCCUUCAUGAUCCUGCGACUGGCCUCAACCUAACACAUCCUGACAACGCAACUGUCACAGAUAAUUAUGUCUUCUGGAUCGAUGCUUUGCCAACGAACAAAUCUGCAGUGCUUGCUUACAUUGACGGCGACAAUCCUCCACCCCCGAAAUUCGCCCGGGUUAUCAUUUUUGAAGGAGGGCGUGAAGCUCCUAGGUCUCAAGAGUACAUGGUUGGGCCCCUUCCUGUAUCCUCUGAGACCAUACUCGAACCGCUAGAUUACAUUUAUAACGGAGGGAUGGGCGGGUCCGUGCCUUUUAAUGCUCGUGUCUUCGACGACGUGCGUGCGACGGCGGUAGAGCCGCUGGUUACGUCCACUAUGUCCAGCAUUGCGCACAUAACGUCCGCGUUAUUUCAAGGAGGCUUGUACUAUGGAGAAGCGGACAACAGAACGACAAUAAUGCCCACCUACACGGACCCUGUUUCUUUUGAUGGAGAAAAUGCAUUCCUAAAUAUUAUGUUCCGAUUUCCAGCAAAUUCUUUCCUGACUCCGUUGGACUUCUUUCUCCUCAUUGACUGGACUGGAACAGACCCCUCUGCGUAUUCUGUAAUAGGAUUUGUGACAAAGGAGCGGUUCUUUCCUACGGUUGAUGACCUUACGUUAGCCUUUGAGGCUGGGGAGCUGGAGCAGGAGUUUAAGCAGACCAGAGACGCCUCCUGGACUUUACUGGAUCGUAAACCUGAGAUGGGAACUCGUGCGCUUGAUGAGAAGUUCUCUGCGACUCUCGGGGAGCUUGGUGGGAAAAGGUAUAAGUUGGAUGAAGAUCAGCGGUACGUGGAGUAUAUGGGUUGGUCUUUCUAUAUGGCACAUAGUCGCUCUUUGGGCCUCAUGUUCUUUGAUGUCAAGUUUAAGGGUGAACGCAUUCUAUACGAGUUGUCCCUUCAAGAAGCCCUAACCCAGUAUGGAGGAAACCAACCACUGGCGGCGAGCUCAGCCUUCCAGGAUAGCCAUUAUAGCCUAGGAAUCGAAAUGAAAAUCCUGCUUGAAGGCUUUGAUUGCCCAUUUGGGUCCACAUUUUUGAACUUGACUUACCACGCGGGAAACCGCACGGUCAUCAACCCGGAUUCUAUUUGUAUUUUUGAAACUGACCUCGGAUUUCCUCUUUCCCGGCACCGUGAUGGUGGCGGAGAGUCCGGGUGGGGCUUCGCGAAACUGGGUGUAGUCAAAGGCAGUGCGCUCAUAAUACGUGCUGUGGCUACGGUUGGAAAUUACGACUACAUGUUUAACUAUGCAUUCCACCUCGACGGGUCGCUUGAAAUUUCAGUUCGUGCCAGCGGUUACCUCCUCACGAGCCCCUAUUAUCAGUCACAGAAGAGAUGGGGGCCUCGCAUCCAGAACGCUACCCAAGGCUCGCUCCACAGCCACAUACUGACUUGGAAAGCCGACUUUGACAUCGUUGACUCUACUAACUCUUUCGAAAUAAGCAAACUGGUCGUCGCACAGCAGGCGCAGCCGUGGUUCCCUGAGCUAGGCAUCUUUGAGCAAAUUGAGCUUCAAGCCAGCUUCCUGGAGAAGGAAGAACGGUUGAACUACGAACCAAACAACCAAGCCAUGUACCGCGUGGUGAAUAGAGCGAAGAAAAACGCCUGGGGUGAAAGCCGUGGUUAUCGGAUCGUUCCAGGCCACUCCAACGUCCACCUUCCGAUCUCCCAUUCCCCUUUCACCCGCAAGAACUCUGAAUUCGCCAAACAGCAUCUCGCCGUCACACGCCAACAUGACAAUGAGCCCUUCGCAAACUCUGUUCAAAAUACCAAUUUGGCAUGGAAGCCACAGCAGGAUUUCAGCAGGUUCUUUAAUGGCGAGUCGCUCGACCAGGAAGACCUGGUCGUAUGGGUGAAUAUGGGCAUGCACCAUUUCACCCGCUCUGAGGAUGUGCCUGUGACAUUGAAUAGCGACUCAUAUGCCAGUAUGGUUUUUACACCGCACAAUUUCUUCGACCGGGCACAAGAUGGCGAUUUGAUGAAUAGGCGCUGGGUGGUAGCAGACCAGGUAAGUAACAAGUUGGAUUUCGAAAACUACGGUGUGGAGCUUCCCCAGUGCAAAAUUCACAUUGAGGAACCGGUUUUGGGUAUUAGUCCACUUCUAGGAGUCUAAUGGGGGAACGGAAGCUUCUAGUUGAUAUGUACAUAAUUUUUCUGGGGAGUAAACGCAUACCCUAUGGGGAUGGAUAGUGAAAUGGGAAGCGUUAUCCAUGGAAGGCUCUCUGUAAGUAGACACUGAAUGACCGCGGGUCCAUUCCUGCUGCCAACCAGGAUGGCAGAGAUUUGAAUCCCAUCUUUGCCGACUAGUAUUAUUUAUGGAGAAAGGGCCUAUGGGCUUACAGAGAUUACAAUUAGCAGAGUUUGAAUUACUACCAUCUAUCUGCCGUUAGUUCUUAUCCUCAUCGAAUCACAAGGCAACCAGGCUUCUGCGAGGCAUCUGGCAGGUCGGCUUCAAAAGCCCAUGCACAAUCAUCGUCGUAUCUAUCCCUGAACGAUUCUCACAACGUCGACAACAGCGUCCCGCGCCGCCAACGUUUCUCCAGUACCUUUCUUCUACCUCAUCAGCAUCAACCGGAUCCAGGAUUUCCUAGCGCCCAGCACUGGACUCACAGCGCAAACAGACUGCAGAGCCUCUAACAGUUCCCUCCUCCACUCUGGCCAAUGGCCGCCAGAGAGCCAUGGUUCGACAUACCCAAAGUAUACUGACAUGAUGGUAGCCAUCUCCCGGUCCAGGAAACCCAUCAGCUCGAGCAUGUGGGGGGUUCAUGGGGAUGUCCCAGUCGGACAACUCUCCGUGUAUGAGGACAGGCCGGUCCCAACCAGCCGCCCCUGUGGUGUGGACAAGCUCUCCCGAGAGAGCUCUUCUCGCUACUAAGAACUCUCAUGGUGCAGAGCCAUGGUGAGCAGCGGUGCGUGGAGAGCAGCUCGGAGUAUCAAUGAUUAGGUUGACAAGCGUUGUGAUGUUGAAAACUUGAAAACUGCAACAUUGUAAUAGCAUAUUAAAUAAAUGUUGUGAUUGCUGGCUGCCAUCAGCCUCAGAAAAAUAUAUAGCCAUUAUGAUGACAUGUUUGAAUUUGUACUCUAUAAGAGGAUUCUGAAUUGUGAUGAAGAUUUUAU